AUGCCUCCCGAAACGGCCUCCACCUCCCGUCCGAGCUCAAUCACCGGCGGCUGCCUCUGCGGCGCCAUCCGCUACACCAUCUCCUUCCCUGCAUCAUCGCCCUGGCCGCCACCAAUGAACGCAACCUGCCAAUGCACGCUCUGCCGCAAAUUCACCGGCGCCCUCAUCGCGCAGCCCGUGAGCGUGCCUACAGCCGACAUCGCGCCGCCGCUGAGCUCGAACGAGAGCUACAAGACCUAUCAAUCUAGCCCCAGUGGCAAGAGGGGCUUCUGCGGGACCUGCGGCGGCAGCCUGACGUUCUGCUACGACAAAACGCCGGAGGAGACGGAGAUCUUUCUCGGGAGCGUCGAUGCAGAUGUUCUGGGGGGCGAGUGGGGGAAGGCGCUGUGUGAGACGCGGAGGCAUCUGUGGCUUGAGAAUGCGGUCAAGGGAGUUACUGAUGGGUUGAAGGGGAGGAAGUAUUUGACGGAUGAGAGGGGAGGAGAGGGGUUUGAGUGA